GCUGAGGCUGGCCUUGAACUUACGAUCCUCCUGCCUCGGCCUCCCAAGUCACUGCGAUUACAGAGGGAAUUUCCAUUUUAACAGGGAACAAUCCCUGAACCCAAAGGAACGAAUCCCUAAUGGUGGAGUUUCAGUCAUCAGUGACAGGAACCCGGACUACCAAGGCCCAUGCUUGCACCUGAUGAAUGAUGGCCUGAACUAUGAGCAAACGGGACUAUAAGAACACUUCCGUGCAGGAGCCCCCUCUCGACUAUUCCUUCAGAAGCAUCCAUGUCAUCCAAGAUCUGAUAAGCGAGGAGCCAAGGGUAGGGCUCCGACCACUGAAGCAUUCAAAGUCAGGAAAGCCAUUGACCCAGUCCCUGUGGCUGAACAACAAUGUCCUCAAUGACCUGAAAGACUUCACCCAGGUGGCGUCACAGAUCCUGGAGCACCCAGAGAACCUGGCCUGGAUCGACUUGUCUUUCAAUGACCUGACUUCCAUUGACCCUAUCCUAACAACAUUCUUCAAUCUGAGUGUCCUCUAUCUUCAUGGAAACAGUAUCCAGAGCCUGGGGGAAGUGAAUAAGUUAGCUGUCCUUCCUCGGCUUCGAAGCUUGACACUCCAUGGUAACCCCAUAGAGGAAGAGAAGGGGUACAGGCAAUAUGUGCUGUGCACGCUGCCCCGUAUCACCACGUUCGACUUCAGUGGGGUCACCAAAGCAGACCGUACCACAGCUGAAGUCUGGAAACGCAUGAACAUCAAGCCCAAGAAGGCCCGGAUCAAGUAGGAUGCACUCUGAGGUUCCCAGGACCCCAGCAGUCCUGAAGCUAGUCAGCUUAGUUUGAGAAUAAAUGAUUUGAGCUGUU